AUGACUAUGGAAGAUGUUGCACCUGUUCAGGUUGAUCCUGCGUUUGCGCAGAUCGCAAAUGCCGACAUUGAGAAGCUUAUCAAGCAAUUGACACAAGAAGAAAAGAUUUCUCUGCUCAGUGGUGAGGACUUUUGGCAUACAGUUCCUAUCCCACGACUCAAUAUCCCAUCGAUUCGACUCUCCGAUGGACCCAAUGGCGUCCGAGGAACACAUUUCUUCAGCAGUGUUCCAGCUGCUUGUCUGCCCUGUGGAACAGCAAUUGGAGCGACCUUCGACCGCGAUCUUGCGCUGGAAGUCGGCCAUCUACUAGCCGCCGAGGCAAAGGCCAAGGGUGCGCAUGUUAUUUUGGGUCCAACAAUCAAUAUUGCAAGGGGUCCAUUAGGUGGACGAGGCUUCGAAUCCUAUUCUGAAGAUCCAUAUCUGUCGGGUAUUCUCGCUGGUCACUAUUGCAAAGGAUUGAAGGAACGAAAUGUUAGCGCAACUCUUAAACAUUUCGUUUGUAAUGACCAGGAGCAUGAGCGCAUGGCUGUCAACUCUAUUGUGACUGAUCGGGCACUUAGGGAAAUUUAUCUUCUCCCUUUCAUGAUCGCGAUAGCACUUGGAAAGCCAGAUGCUGUAAUGACAGCAUACAACAAGGUGAAUGGGUUACAUGCGGCUGAAAACCCAGAGCUCCUUCAGAGUAUUUUGCGCGGAGAGUGGGGUUGGGAUGGUCUAGUGAUGAGUGACUGGUUUGGAACUUACAGUACCUCUGAAGCGAUCAAGGCAGGUCUCGAUCUCGAGAUGCCCGGUCCACCCAGAUGGCGUGGCGGAGCGCUAGCCCACGCUAUCACGUCGAACAAGAUCUCACAGAAUACAUUGAACGACCGAGUACGCGCGGUCCUCAAACUGGUCCAAAAAGCAAGCAAAUCCGGUAUACCUCAACGAGCCCCAGAGACACAGUUGAACCGCGCACAAGACAGAGGACUUUUAAGAAAAAUUGCCUCCGAGGCUAUCGUCUUGCUCAAGAACGAAGAAAAUAUUCUUCCACUCGAUAAGAAUAGGAAAGUCGCUGUGAUCGGUCCUAAUGCCAAAAUCGCGGCUUACUGCGGGGGCGGCAGCGCUGCGUUGAAUCCUUACUACACUGUGACACCCUUUGAAGGAAUUUCCAACUCCGCCGCGGCGGGAGUGGAAUUCUCCCAGGGCGUGUAUGCGCAUCAGAUGCUACCACUUCUGGGUAAGCGGAUGUGCACUGAGGAUGGCAAGACCGGAUUCAAGUUGAGUAUUUUCAAUGAACCACCGAGUACAUCGACAAGGAAGCCACUUGAGGAGCGCCACGAGACCGACUCGAUGAUCAUUUUCAUGGAUUAUGACCACCCUGAUCUACAGCCCAUCUGGUAUGCAGAUGCAGAGGGAUACUUCGUCCCUGAAGAGUCGGGCGUAUAUGAUUUCGGUCUCACAGUUCACGGUACGGGCAAGCUAUUCGUAGAUGGAAAGCUUGUUAUCAACAACACAGAUAAGCAAAGGGCUGGCUCGAGCUUCUUUGGGAGUGGCACACUGGAGGAGAUUGCCUCUCUCGAACUGAAAGCUGGACAGAGAUACCAAAUCCUGACUCAGUGGGCUUGCGGGAAGACGAGCACAUUCCGAGUUCCUGGUGUGGUUGAUUUCGGCCAUGGAGGAUUCCGCAUCGGCGCCUGCAAACAGCUUUCACCUCAGGCUGGCAUUGAGGAGGCGGUUCGAGUGGCUGCAAGCAUGGAUCAAGUUAUCCUGGUCGCCGGGUUGAGUGGGGAGUGGGAGUCCGAGGGAGAGGAUCGGGCUAAUAUGAGCUUGCCUCCUUAUACAGAUGAGCUUAUUGAGAGGGUCUUGAAAGUGAACCCCAAUACGGUUAUUGUGAUGCAAAGUGGCACCCCUGUGGAGAUGCCUUGGAUCAAUGAUGCUAAGGCUGUUUUGCAUGCUUGGUAUGGCGGCAAUGAGACAGGCAAUGGUCUUGCCGAUGUGGUCUUCGGAGAUGUGAAUCCUUCUGCCAAGCUUCCUCUCACAUUCCCACGCAAGGUGAAGGAUAACCCAACCUUCUUCAACUUCCGUUGUGAAGGUGGCCGAGUUCUCUAUGGAGAGGACGUGUAUGUAGGAUACCGCUACUACGAUGGACUGGAUAUUGAACCUUUGUUCCCAUUCGGACACGGCCUUUCAUACACAAGCUUCACAUUAUCCGAUCUGGUAUUGAACCGAGAAUCUGAAAAUAUGCUGCAGGUCAACUGCAAGGUUCGAAACACUGGAUCAAGGAGAGGUGCCGAGGUGGUGCAAGUCUAUGUGGUGGCUGUUUCGCCUCCAAUCAGACGGCCGACGAAAGAGCUCAAGGAGUUCCGGAAAGUUAUACUUGAAGCUGGCAGCGAACAAGAGAUCAGCAUCCCGCUUGAUAUUGUUCGUGCGACAAGUUUCUGGGAUGAGAAGAGUGACAGUUGGUGCAGCUAUGAGGGAACCUACAAGAUCAUGGUGGGAACCAGUAGCCGUGGGGAAUUCUUGGAAGGAUCUGUGGAUGUGAGCGAAACUGAAUACUGGUCUGGUGGCUGGUAA